AUGCCCUCCCCUGCUCCCUGGCGCUCCCCAUUCGAAUCCCACCUCAACACCAACUCCUCCACCUCAUUCACACUCUCCACGAUCGCCUUCGACACCCAAAACCGACCCGUCCCGCGCGCCCGAACCUGCGAAUUCCGCGGCUUCUGGCCCACCCCCAAACUCCACCCUAGCGCCAUCGACGCCCUCAACGACCAAGAUGUCGGUCUGAACCCCUCUGUCUGCGUCAGCGACUGUAUCUCCGCGACGACGGAUGUCCGGAUGGAGAAGGUCGAGCAGCUGCGCGCGUCGGGCGGGGUGGUCGAGUGUGUGUUCUGGCUGGCGGACGUGAAGACGCAGUGGCGGGUUCGUGGGACUGCGCAUAUCAUUGGGGAUCCGGAGGGUGGGGAAGAGGAAGAUGAGGCGAGGAAGAAGGUGCUUGAGGUUUCGGAAUUUACCGGGGAUGCGAAGGGGUGGGAUGUUGAGAGGCAGGUGACGGCUUAUUUUGCGAAUCAUUCGCCGGUUAUGAGAGGAUCAUUCAAAAACCCAACCCCCGGUCAACCCAAACCCAAAUCAAACGCGGAGCAGGAAGAAUCCAAACUCGGCCAGAAAGUGACCCAGCUGGAUGACCCCGCCGCGCGGGCGAAUUUCCGCGUCAUGGUAAUUGCGCCAAACGAGGUAGAAAGUCUGAAUAUUGAAACGAUGGAGCGCAAGAAGUGGACGUUGGAAGGCGGAGUGCAGUCGCAGAAAACAUGGAAAGAGGUGGAGUUGUGGCCGUAG